AAAUCUCAAUCUUCUCAUGAUUCCCUAACAGAUAAAAGGAAGAGACACCCGUCCUCCGCACAGAACGUCCAUGGCUAUGGCUGGUCCAACCAAGUCCAAAUUCCUUCACGCAUGGCUCUUCGUCUCCCUUCUCUGCUUCAUCUCUUACCUCCUCGGCACCAGGCGAAACGCCGCCUUGCCCUCCUCCUCCACCGCCGCCAAGCCCUGCGUCUCCCCAUCGCUCGACUUCGACCCCGGCCGCGCCCGAAACGGCAAGGCGCUGCCGACGAGCGAGGACGUCAGGACCUACCCGCCAUGCAGCGUCAAGUACAGCGAGUACACCCCGUGCGAGGACCCCAAGAGUUCUCGCCGGUUCGACAGGAGGAGGCUGAUAUUCCGAGAGCGGCAUUGCCCCGAACGGAACAAGACGCUCAAGUGCCGGGUCCCGGCCCCACCCGGCUACCGGAACCCGUUCCGGUGGCCCGCGAGCCGGGACAUGGCGUGGUACGCCAACGUGCCGCACAAGAAGCUCACGGUGGAGAAGGCAGUCCAGAACUGGAUCCAGUUCGAGGGCGACCGGUUCCGGUUCCCGGGGGGCGGGACCAUGUUCCCGAACGGGGCGGACGCAUACAUCGACGACAUCGGGAAGCUGAUCGAUCUUAGGAACGGGUCCAUACGGACCGCCAUCGAUACCGGCUGCGGGGUUGCUAGUUGGGGGGCUUAUCUUCUGUCUCGAGACAUCCUAGCGAUGUCGUUCGCUCCGAGGGAUGCGCAUGAAGCUCAAGUCCAGUUCGCCCUCGAGCGAGGAGUGCCCGCGCAGAUCGGUGUCCUCGCAUCCAAGCGUCUUCCCUAUCCAUCCCGCGCCUUUGACAUGGCUCAUUGCUCUCGCUGCCUCAUUCCGUGGGACCUAUUCGAUGGGAUGUAUCUUAUUGAAGUGGAUAGAGUUCUACGGCCCGGCGGGUACUGGGUACUGUCCGGCCCGCCGAUCAAUUGGAAGAAAUACUGGAGUGGUUGGCAGAGAACAAUGGAAGACCUGAGUGCUGAGCAGAGCAGAAUCGAGAAUCUAGCAAAAAGUCUCUGCUGGAAAAAGUUGGUGGAGAAGGAUGACAUUGCAAUAUGGCAAAAGCCUAUCAAUCAUCUGCAUUGUAAGGGCAAUAGAGAAGCGACCCAGAAUCCACCUUUGUGCCCGUCUCAGGAUCCGGACAAGGCCUGGUACACAAGCAUGGAAACGUGUUUGACUCCGUUGCCCAAAGUUAUGGACGAUGGGGAGAUUUCGGGCGGCGAAUUGGCUAAUUGGCCGGAGAGGCUAAAUGCUAUUCCACCGAGGAUUGGCAAAGGAACGCUACAGGGCAUCACGGCCGAGAUUUUCCGAAGGGAGACGGAAUUGUGGAAGGGGAGGGUGUCGUAUUACAAGACGGUGAACAACCAGCUAGGACUCGCAGGGAGGUACCGCAACUUGCUGGACAUGAAUGCCUACUUGGGCGGGUUCGCCGCUGCGCUCGUCGAAGACCCCGUUUGGGUGAUGAACGUGGUUCCUGUGGAAGCCAAGGUGAACACUCUCGGAGCUAUCUAUGAACGAGGACUAAUCGGAACCUACCAUAGCUGGUGCGAAGCCAUGUCCACCUAUCCGAGAACUUACGACCUCAUUCACGCCGAUUCCCUGUUUAGCCUCUAUCAGAACAGGUGUGAAUUGGAGGACAUAUUGCUUGAGAUGGACAGAGUUCUGAGGCCGGAAGGGAGCUUCAUACUGCGAGACGAUGUGGACGUGCUGGUGAAGGUGAAGAGGAUCAUCGAUUCGAUGAGCUACGACAGCCAAAUCGUCGACCAUGAAGACGGACCGCUCGUGAGAGAGAAGCUUCUGUUUGCCGUCAAGUCUUACUGGACAGCUUCUGCCCCCUCCGACGAUCUGCACACAUCCUAAACGGUGAACACCACCAUGGAUAAAUUUCUCCCGCAUCUCUCUCGACAGUUUUGUUUAUCUCAACUCUAUACGCUUGAAAAUUCGACUCGGUAUUUGAUCACUUCACCAAUCUUUUCUUAAACAUUUUUCGGGUUAACAUUUCCAUCGUUCUAGAAUCAGAUACUGCCUUGUAUGUAAUGUACAUAAUCGACAGGAUUUAUCAGAUGAGCUUUCUCUUUCCCAUGUUCCAUUUCAAUCCCCUUCCAUAU